AGAUUGAUUUAUAUGUUAUAGUUUCUCAGAAUAUGCAUGUGUAGUGUAGCUAUGUGAUGAUUUUUUCUUCGUGAAAAUGGUUGCCCUCCAAGGGAUAUCAAUCUAUUUAUAUCUAUUAUUCUGUACCAGUCUUACCAUAGCACACAAGCGAUUUCAUGCUAGAAGGGCUGUUGGGCUCAAUGACCGAUUCAUUGGCUUCCGUUUCGAUGAGCAGCCAAAAACUACGCUCGUCACUGAUAACCGAAUACUAUUGAAUUGCCAGUAUACUGUUGAACGAGCCAAUAUUAAUGAAGUGCGGUUAGAAUGGAAGAAAGACGGAUCACCGCUCAAUGUCAAAUCAAGUAGUAGGAUGCAAAUUUUCUCCAACGGAUCGCUAUCGAUACAUGAUCUUGUCCCCAAUGAUACUGGUUCCUAUCUUUGCGUUGUGCACGUAACUGCAAAUGAUGGUUUCACGUGGACAUAUAUGAGCAGAAGAGCGUUGAUAGGAUUGCCUGAUCUUCCCAAGUUUGAAGCUCAACCGAUCGAUCGUAUCAUAGCAAGAGGUCAACCUGCUGUGUUUCAGUGCAUAACUCUGGCCAAACCACCGCCCACUGUGAUUUGGUAUCACAACAACAAAGCAAUCUCCAGUGGAGCUGAAUACAGCAUUCUGCCAGUUUCGAGCUCAUUAGAGAUCCCAUCGGUGCAAGCACGACAUGAGGGAGAGUACAAAUGUGUGGUUGAAGGUGCAGGCAAGCGUAGAACAAGUCUCAGCGGACGAUUGCGCAUUGACAACGGUAUGCCGCCGCAAGAACUUACAUUUCUUUCAUCUCCUCGUGUGCAGACAGCAAAAGAAGGAGACGAUGUUAUUCUCGAGUGUCUUGUUAGCUCUCAAGGGUCGGCCGAAGUGCGUUGGUUGAAGGAUACUCGUCAAAUAGCCAUUGAUGGGGUAAGAAUAAGACGCGUCGGAAUCUCCUCGCUGAUGUUGCACAAUGUAGUGGGCUCCGACUCUGGUUUGUACACUUGUAGAGCUAGCAACACUAUUGAUUCUCAUGAUCGAACAGUCGCAGUUCAUGUUGCAGUAGAACCAAAGCUCACCGUUCGCCCUGAAAGCAAAGCUGCGUUAGAGACAGCCGAUGUAGAGUUUGAAUGUUCAUCUACGGGAAGCCCUUCGCCAACUGUGUCAUGGUUCAAAAAUGGCGAAGCUAUCAUUGCUAGUCACUACUUUGUUAUCGAACCAACAAGGUUGCGGAUUCUCGGACUUGUCAAGGCUGACCAAGGUAUCUAUCAAUGCAUGGCGGACAACGAAGCUGGUAGUGAUCAAGCCGCUGCUCAGCUCCUAGUAGACAACGCAGACUCCUCUUCCGUCGCUGCUUCAUCGGGCCAGCCGUUGAUUGCUUCUGCACCUCUAGGCUUGAGAGUUGGAUCUCUUGGGAGUCGUUUUGUGAACUUGGAAUGGGACCCUCCACUUAUGCGACACGGUCACAUAAUGAGAUAUCACGUGCUAUACAAGGAAGAAGAUAGCGACAGAGAACGGAUGUUGAACUCUUCGAGCACUUCCAUAACAGUCACGUCAUUGCAACCUGACACGUUAUACCUGUUGCGAGUUGUGGCCGAGAAUGAGGCUGGUAUGGGGAAAAGUAGCGAUCAUAUAAAAAUCACCACAAAGAAAGAGCAAGCAGUACCUGGGCGUGUGACUAAUUUAGUCGCGCGUGCUCUAGGACCUGAAACUAUAGAAGUGAAGUGGGAUCCUCCACAAGGUGGUCCAACGCCUACACGCUACAAGCUUUUCUACAUCAGAAAUCCACCAGAACCUGAUGACAAGGAAACGCAGACAGUUAUAUCAUCCACGGCGUACACAUUGCAUGGGAUGGACAAGUUCACAGAAUAUCAAAUCCGGGUGGAGGCUGAGGGGGAGAAUGGAAGUGGUUUGAGUAGCCUACCACUAAAGGUCCGUACGCUGUCAGAUGUACCAUCAUCACCACCCCGAGAUAUAGUGGCUGAAACUUUGUCUAGUACGAGCAUCAGAAUCACCUGGAACGAACCAGAUCCUGAUGGCAUAAACGGGGAAAUCACCGGCUAUCGGCUGAAGUACAAGACAAGAGUACGCGGCAGCAAAGGCAACACUUUUGUUUUGGACGCAAGCGAGAGGGAGUACACGAUCACUGGGCUUGAUGUAAAUACCCAAUAUCUUGUGAGAAUGGCCGUAGUCAAUCAUAAUGGAACUGGUCCAUACUCCGAUUGGAUUCCGGUGGCGACGUCUCUCGUGGACAAAGAAGAAGCUUUGCUGGGUGCACCUCGCGAACUUCGUCCACAAGCAGGGCCAGAUUACAUCAUGAUUUCGUGGCUUCCUCCGGCAGAUGAAACCAUCCUUGUUAGAGGAUAUCAGAUUGGCUGGGGCAACAACGUUCCUGAUGUUUCGAUGGAACGUGUUGGUCCCAAUGUUCUCCAACAUAAAAUCACUGGGUUGCGUCCUUCACGAGAAUAUGUUGUCUCAUUGCGGGCAUUCAAUAAACAAGGCUCUGGCUUUCCGAUCUACGAGACCGUCAAGACUUUGUCCCCCUCUUCAACUCUGUUUUUGAAUGGUGCGCUCCCUGGCGCUUUGUCGACUCCACUUGGUGUAAGAGCUGAAGCUUUGUCGGCUACAUCAAUCCGUGUCACAUGGAUAGAAUCGGAUCCUAACGCAUUCAAUAUGAUGUACACAGUGCGCUACAGUACUAGUGCCGACGGAAACCAAGUGCGUUAUGUCAACGUGUCUGAAUCCUGGGUCACCAUAGAAGGGCUCCGUCCUGACACAGAAUACGAAUUUUCUGUCCGCUCUUUUGUGGCUGGUGCGACACCAAGCUCAUGGAGCAUGGCAGCUAGGAACAAGACACAUGCUUCUGCACCAUCCUCUGCUCCACGUGAUCUGACCGUUCUUCCCGCUGCCUCUGGUGAUCCACAAGCUGUUUUGCUCAACUGGCAGCCACCGAAGUAUUCUAACGGUGAAGUAGAAGAGUAUUUGAUUUACCAUACUGAUCGAGUCAUGCAAGCCGAUAAAGACUGGAUCAUCCAUUAUGUGCAGGGUGACCGCUUGAGUCACGAAAUCAGAAAUUUGCUGCCAAAAACCACUUAUUACUUCAAAAUCCAAGCGCGUAAUGAAAAAGGAUAUGGCCCGUUAUCGCCUGUACAAACAUUCGCACCGUAUGGAGGAUCUCGACCUGCAGGCGUGGUAGUCCCAUCUACUGGGAAAGGGCCCAGUUUAAACUGGAACGACCUGCUAGCAUUAUUCACUUCUAAUCCUAUGUAUAUAGCUGUGGUGGUGGCUUUCGCAGCUCUCAUUCUUCUCUGCAUUGUUCUCGUCGCUGUAUGUAUUUUCAAAAGGAGUGCCAAAAAUAAAAAUGGUUAUACUGCUGGAAAAAAGACAAGCGCUCAACAGCCUGGUGCUGAUCUCUGGAUUGAUCAUCCUAGUGGAAAUCACAUUCGUGGUGGACCAUCAGACUACAUGGUGAAUGGUAUUGGAGCUUCAGUAGUAGACAUGAAACAUCUGGCUGGACCAGAAGUAGUUGAGUCUCCCCCACCACGAUAUCACGCUUUGCAAGAAAGCACAUACGGCUCGGUAUCACUGCGCCAUAGUCGGACUCCAGCUCGCCAUUCUGUGUCUUCAUAUGACGAUGAGUUGCGACGUCUGGAAGUGGAAGGUCGUCGUCCUGUGGUUGUUGGUCGUGCCAAGCCGAUCCUAGCGUCUGUUGUAGGCUACGGCCCUUCUUCCGAAGAAAGUCAGGGAACUCUAUCAAGGAGUUACCAUCAUUCACAGUCUAGUCUGGAAGGGCAAAGACAACGAACUCCACAAGUCGUAUAUACUGGUAGUGGAAGGCAUCAGCCCAUUGCCAAAAUAGAAUUUGGAGAAUCUCCAUAUGGCUCAACAUCGGCGCUAGAUCCUGCAACACCACCAGUUCCACUCCAGGCACCUCCACCCGGACCACCCUCUGUAGUAGAUGGUUACCGAACCUUGCGUGGAAGUGGAUCGUCGUCAAAUCAACAGAGCCAAGGCGCCCUUAGGUCCUUCACGCAGCUAGCUGGCACACCUCCACCUCCAAGUCAAGGACCGCCUCAGCAACCAAUUCGGCCCAUGGUAGUAGCAGCUGGCGGUAGGCAGCUGCCUGUAGGCAGAGCCACCGCACAGCCUAGAGUGAAUGUCACCAACAUCUAUAGUCCAUAUGCAUCGUGUUCGUCUGAUCCGGAAAUAGAAAAGAAACAAGCGCAUGUCGAGUCCGCCGAUGUUCCUGACAGCUCGGCCAACCUACGGCCAUCAAACUCAACCGAGGAACUGAACGCGCAGAUGGAGAAUUUGGAUACGAUGAUAGACGAUUUGCAAGCGCUCCAGCACGAGUUUGGAGUGGUUUCUUGAAUUCGUUUGUUGUACUAUAUGUGAUUCUUUCUCGAUGUGCCGUGAAUGGUGACUUUGUACACAUCGACUAUCGUUUUUGUUCUAAUGUAUAACCAAUUUUCUUCAAGCUUAAACAUUCCUGCGUAACCUCUGAGCAGCGUCGAUCUAACAGCCAAUUGAUAUUGAAGAGCUUUCGGGCAUUAAAUUAGACACUUGCCAAUUCUUCUUUAAUACCAAUGUUGUUUUCUUAGUUACCUUCUACUUCGUUGCCGAAGCUCAACAUUCGAUUUGAAUCUUGCUAUCUUCUUUUCACUUUGAAAUUCAUACCUUUAAUCAUUUCGCAUAUCUUUUCACAUAAUGUACCCUCUCUGUAGUGCUUUUAGUUGUGCUAUUCUCAAUGGUCUCCAAAACUGCUUGGCUAACGUGUAUUUUGUUUCUAACGCAGUAUUCUCGCGCCCACAAUGGGUUCGCAUUCGACUGGUAUCCCACAGUAUUUAACAUUCACUGUAUGCCGCCGCUCAGUUCGUAACUUACACUUUCCCGUGACUAAUCUCAUAAAUAAAUGAUUUCUUUAAUGGUUUCAUUGCUUUCAUCAAGUACUACAAUAAAAGACUAC